UCGUCAGUCGGUGCCGCCUGGGCCGGUGGGCGCUAUGCGGCGGUUCCUGGUGAAGAGGCCGCAGCCUCCGGCUCAGCCCCCGGCCCAGGCCCAGGCCCCGCAGCGAGCCAAGGCCUACCGCCAGGCAACGCUCGAGUCGCUGAAGAGAGUUGUGGUGAUUGAAGACAUUAAGAGAUUCAAAUCUAUGUUGGAACUGCCUGGACAAACAAAGGAAGUGUUGCUGGAAGCGUUGUUGGAAUUAAAGAAAAAAAUUCCCUCCCGUGAAGUGCUGAUCUCAACCAAGAUAGGGCACACUGUGAAUAAGAUGCGUAAAAAUUCAGACCCAGAAGUAGCCAGUCUGGCAUUGGAUGUUUACACCAUGUGGAAAACUUUCCUCGAAGAGAAUGCAAACAAAGAAUCCAUAGAGGUACGAAGUGACACUACAAGUGAACUUCUUCGCAGGAAUGCUCGGAAACUCUUAACUGAAGCCAUGGAAUUAGAGAAUGACCACCCUCUGGUUGACAGCAUUGAGCGAGAGGUUUUCCAUCAGGCUUCCCGUCUAAUCAGCCUCUCGUACCGCCGUACAGUGCGAGCUCUUGUUUUCACUCUGAAGCACAAGCCUGAAAUACGAGAGCAAGUUAUCAGCGGCAGACACCCAGUAAGAGAACUCGUCAAAAGCCACAAGAAGUGAGGUGUUAUUCACAGAAUGUGAAGGUUUACAGGGACAACAGCUCAGCUCCUUUUUUUUAAUUCCUGAAAGGAUUGUAAUGAAGCUAGAUGUUUAUAAAUUUUUAUAAAUGUGCUGAUGGUUACAACAGUACGUCAGUACUGAUUGCAAUUGGGUACAAAAGUUACAACGAUUUCAGUGCAACAGAAACUUCUGGAAGAAAGGGGACCCGUCACUGAUGCAUUCACAACAGAGAAGUGAGAAAGCGUCAUGACCAAGAAUUCUAAUAUUCUGUGAACAGGAAUCUAUUUAUGUUUGUAAUCAUUCUUCACAUCACGCUGCCUGGAGCCUGAGCUGUGACAUCUGGGGACUUGUGCGGUCUCAGGUGGAUGCUGAUUGAAGUUCAUUGAAUAUCCAUCAGAUGGUGCUGCAGGUUGAUGUGUUAAGCUGACGGCUGUUUUAUAUAACUUGACGG